CAUUUGGUCCCGCCCUGCUUUGCUGGGGCGAGCCACGGCGGUCUCCUCUCUCUCCUGCACCAAUCUAAAGCAAAAGAAGAGAGGCUCUUCGGUGUCUAUCAUGACACCAUGCAGGCUUACACGAUGGUCCCUCGCAUUCAUGUCCUUUUGGGAGGAAAGAUUGCUCUGUUCCAGGCUGUGAGGUGGGAAGGGGAUAUGUUAUUUCCGCUACUGGACGUGAUGCCGAUCGACUCGAAGGCCCUGCAACAAAGAGAUUUCACAGCUCAUCGCUGUUGCUUGCCUCCCAAUUCUUCUCGAUCAUCACAUAAAUUAAGUAAAUUGCCCACAUCCGAGACUCCAUGAGGGAGAAAGGAAGGGCCACAGCAAAAGCAUGGAGGUAAUAAAGCCACAGCAUCCAUGCAGUGCAGCUUCGUAUUGAAUGAUGCAUACAUCGCACUACCGGAUGUUUCCUGUGACUUGCCUUUAUGAACCUCACGAGGAGUUUGCACGUACGUGUAUCGGACACUAACCACUGUGCCUUCUUGGUCUUCAUUACCUACUGCAGCACUCUGUAACAACGACGCUGCGGCACGGGAUGGCUGGGAGACUUGGGAGGCAGCAGGAGGAAUGAACGAGGUACGAAUCAAACAUAUAUAUUAAGAGCAUCAGCGGAUGCGAGGAAGGCUUUGUCGCAAACAUCGCUGGUAGAUACAGUACUACAGGAGCGCAUUGCAGAGACAAGUUUGGUGGGCUUGGACGUCAACAAGAAUGACACCGAAUCCAUCCUGAGAUCCACUUCCCAAGUUUACUGUUCCCUUGCUGCUGUUUCUUCUGCCGCCGCCUCCUUUAUGCUGGGGUUCGUAGUGUAGCGGAAGCAAGAGCUUAGCUUUUCUGAGAGAGUGGCGCAAGAAUGGGAGUUCGAUGCUCCACAUUGUCCCUGUGCUGGUGGCCGACCCACUUCAAGUCCUCUGUGCUCGAGCCGGAUGAUCUCGAGAACGGGGGAGGCGACGGCGACGGCAUGUUCACGGAGUACAGCUUGGAGGAGCUGCGGGCCGCCACGGACGGCUUCUCGCCCGAACACAUCGUCUCGGAGCACGGGCAGAAGGCCCCCAAUGUCGUCUACAGGGGCCGCCUCUUCCCCGGCGACCGCGCCGUCGCCAUCAAGCGCUUCAACAAGUUCGCUUGGCCCGACGCCCGCCAAUUCCUCGAGGAGGCGAGGGCGGUGGGGCAGCUCCGAAGCGAGCGGCUGGCCAAUCUCAUCGGUUGCUGCUGCGAGGGCGACGAGCGGCUGCUGGUGGCGGAGUUCAUGCCCCAUGAGACCCUGGCCAAGCACCUCUUCCACUGGGAUACACAGCCUUUGAGUUGGACGAUGAGGAUAAGGGUGGCAUUGUACCUUGCACAGGCAUUAGAAUACUGCAGCAGCAGAGGGCGUGCACUGUAUCAUGAUCUCAACGCAUAUAGAGUUCUCUUCGAUCAGGAUGGUAAUCCUAGGCUGUCCUGUUUCGGACUCAUGAAGAAUAGUAGAGAUGGGAAGAGCUACAGCACAAACUUGGCCUUCACACCUCCAGAGUACCUCAGGACAGGGAGAGUGAUACCAGAGAGUGUAGUGUACAGCUUCGGAACACUUCUGCUCGACCUUCUUAGCGGAAAGCAUAUUCCUCCAAGUCAUGCACUUGACCUGAUCCGAAGUAAGAACUUCCGGACACUGAUGGACUCUUGUUUGGAGGGGCAUUUCUCAAAUGCUGAUGGGACUGAGUUGGUUCGAUUAGCUUCUCGUUGUUUGCAAUAUGAACCUCGCGAGAGGCCAAAUGUAAAAUCACUAGUUACUUCUUUGGGAUCGCUUGAAAAGGAUGCAGAGGUGCCUUCAUACACACUGAUGGGCAUUCUGAAUGGUCCUGUGACUUCGAAGCAAAUGAUUAAACUAUCACCACUUGGCGAAGCUUGUGCAAGAUUGGACUUGGUAGCUAUAUAUGAAAUACUAGAGAAGGUUGGAUACAAGGACGAGGAGGGCUUAGCGAAUGACCUGUCUUUCCAAGCCUGGACCAGCCAAAUCCAGGAGACUUUGAACUUUAAGAAGCAUGGGGACAAUGCUUUUCUAGCUAAAGAUUUUGAAACCGCAAUCGAUUGUUACACACAGUUCAUUGACGGCGGAACAAUGACUUCUCCGACCGUGUUGGCACGUCGAUGCGUAUCGUACCUCAUGAACAAUAUGCUGCAAGAAGCUCUGGGAGAUGCUAUGCAAGCACAGGAAGCAUCACCAGAGUGGCCUACCGCUUACUAUCUUCAAGCUGCUGUCCUUCUCAGCCUUGGAAUGGACAGCGAUGCCGAAGAAACGAUCAAACAUGGUGCCAAGCUUGAAGCCAAGCGGAAAACCAGAACCUGAUAUAUAAAUUAUCAUGUGAUUUAUUGUCAUAUCUUUUUUCUCAAUUUUUUUUUUACAAUUAGGUAUGUUUGUCUACUUUUUCUCGCUUGUCGGGAUGUGAAAGCUGAUUUUCUUUGUAUUAUGUUCGGAAAAUCGAGUUGUAUUUAAGAAA